UUCCGGGCCCCGUGAUGCCCUGCGGCGCGCCGGACGCGGGGCAUCCUGGGCCAUGCUGCGCGCGCUGAGGGUCCUGGGCGCGAGACCCCCGUGCGGGCCUUGGGCCCUGCUGCUGCAGCCGGUUCGCGGCCGCAAGACCCGCCAUGACCCGCCGGCCAAGUCCAAGCUCGGGCGCGUGACGACCCCGCCUGCGGUGGAUCCUGUAGAGUUCUUCGUGCUGACGGAGCGUUACCGGCAGUACCGCCAGACGGUGCGCGCCCUCAGGCUUGAGUUCGUGUCCGAGGUGCGGAAGAAGAUGCACGAGGUCCGGGCCGGGGUCCUGACAGAGCGCAAGGCUCUGCAGGAAGCCACUGAGCACCGCGACCUGAUGGCCUGGAACCAGGCGGAGAACCAGCGGCUGCACGAGCUGCGGUUAGCGAGGCUGCGGCAGGAAGCGCGGGAGCAGGAGCAGCGGCAGGCGGAGGAGAAGGCCCGGCGGGCCCGAGAGGCACAAGCCUGGGCGCAGCUCAAGGAGCAGGAAGCGUUGCAGCUGCAGGUGGGCCGCAAAAAAUUUCAUCACCCGAGAGAACCUGGAGGCACGGGUGGAAGAAGCAUUGGACUCCCCGAAGAGCUACAACUGGGCCAUCACCAGAGACGGCCUGGUGGUCAGGCCACAGCACAAGGGCUCUUAAGGGCCCAGUAAGGACAGUGCCCACCCAGGGACCGUGUGUGUAUGGGGUAGGAGGGUUGGGCCUGAUCUGGAAUAAACCAGUUGAUGUUUCUUAUGAAGAAGGAAGCUCAGCCUAUUCUGGUGUGACCCUCACAUUCUGGCCUCUGCACCCACCACUUGGUCAGAAACUCCCAUACACAAUGCCCUGUUCUACACCCAUGUACAACUCUGCAAAGCACCAGACCUUAGAGGUUUCCAUCUCACAGAAGCAGAAUGGAUCAUAGUCCCCUCAGGCAGCCAGGUUGUCUACUAAGUGUCAUCAAAGACUGGUUGGGAAAUUACAGUCCUUGGGCCCAACUUGGCCCGCUGCCUAUUUUUGUAAAUAAAUUUUAUUGGAUCA